UAAACAAGCAAACAAAAACCCUUUUCGUCAUUGAAUGUAAAAGGUUCAAAUCAAUGCUUACUUUUCCAGAGCUGUGGUAGACGGAUGGGGAUAUUAUGAGAUGUAGAGAGUGUUAAAGGAGAGGAGAACUGUUGCUCAGCGCUGUGAGGAAACUUCCAGAGACAUCGUUGUUGCACAAACAGAGAAGAGGAGUGAAGGGAGGAGAGGACGAGUCCGUUAGAGCGAGGAGGCCUCUGCACAAAUCACUGCUGAGAGGAGGGAGAGCGGGACAGAUGUUGCAACCGUGGAAUAGCUGACAGUGCAACAUCCUGCGUUCAGAUGGGUGCCGUCAGCUGUGGAGUUUCCUUCGCUUCACUUCCUCUAAUGGUCGUUGCAGCUUCCGUGCAACGCUGGUCCUGUGGAGGCCGACGCUGACUCUCCUUCAAUCAACCGAGCGGCACCAUGUUCGUUCUCACCUGGGCGACCCUGCUGCUGUUGUUGGUGGUCGGGGACGGGGACGCCGCCGCAGAUGGAUCAGUAACACAGUGUAUUAAAGGUUACUGCAUCACGGUCAGAGAAGGAGAAAUAGCUGCAGAGGCUGGACUCUGUGUGGUCAUACCGUGUUCUUUCACCACUGCUGAUGGCUUCACACCCAAACAUCUGCUGUGGUACAAAUGUGGACCAUCAAAUCAAAGAUGUGGGGAUUCAAACAUGAUUUUCCACUCCAACGAGGGCAACAAGAAAGUUCAGGCUGGGUUUAGGGGACGAGUUUCACUGCUGCAGCCUGAUGUGGGUCUGAAGAACUGCAGCAUCAUCAUCAAUGACCUCACUGAGUCAGACUCUGGAUCAUAUCAGCUCAGAGUUCAAAAUGGUUUACUAAAAAAUGAUGGGAAAGCAGAUGGAGUAACAUUCAAGCAAAAAGUAAACAUCUCAGUCAAAGGUCUGACCCAGAAGCCCACAGUGGGGAUUCCUCCUCUGGCAGAGGGGCAGCAGACCACACUGAGCUGCACUGCUCCUGGUCUCUGCUCUGGAUCGGAUCCUGAGAUCACCUGGACGUGGAGAGGAGCAGGAGAGAAGGACUGUCCCAUCACAGGAAGCAUCACUGCUGUGAAGACCGAGCACCUCACUUCUGUCACACGGAGACGCAGCUCCACUUUGACCUUUAACCCUUCAGCUGAACACCACGGCACCAAUGUGACCUGUAAGGUCAGCUUCACCAACAACAUCACUACAGAGGAGACGGUCACUCUGAAUGUGACCUAUGUGAAGGAUUUUAACAUCAGCAGGAACACAAGUGUGAAGGAGGGCGAGCCUCUGAACCUGACCUGCGGGGUUGAAAGCUUUCCUCCAUCUCUCAUCACGUGGACAAGAUCUCCUGAGACACACACGCACAAUCAAACAGACACACACUGGCACAACAACACUGAGGCCUUCACGCAGAGAGAGCGUGGAAUGAGCACGUUUUACGUCCUUAACGCGACACCGGAAUAUUCUGGACGAUACAUCUGCACAGCCAAACAUCUGGAGCGCACUCUGGAGCAAUACGUUGAUGUAAACGUCAUAUAUGUGAGGUCGCCUGUAAUCACCGGCAGCACAACAGCGCUGGAGGGAGGCGCUCUGAACCUGACCUGCGCGGUGGAGAGCUUCCCUCCGUCUCGCGUCACGUGGGCCACAACGCGGCGCCGCGGGCUCGACACCGACCGGCAGAACGGAACCGGGUCGGCAGCCUCGCUGGUCAUCCCGGACGUGGCGGCGGAGGACUCCGGACGGUACACCUGCACAGCGGAGCACCCGGACGGGACGGUGACGGCGUACGCCGACGUCACGGUGACCUGGCCUCCGAGGUUCUCAAACAGCUCCAGGUGUGACGUCCGGUCGGAGGUCGUGACCUGCGUGUGCGUCAGCGAGGGGCUUCCCUUGCCCUCCAUCAGCUGGCCGCUGCUGAAGAACCACAGCGAGUACUCCGUGGUCACCACCGUGUCCGGCCACGCGGUCAACAGCACCGCCACGCUGACUCUCAGGGACCACGUGGGCACCUCCGUCCAGUGUGUCAGCAGCAACGACCACGGGGAAGCAAGAGGGAACCUCAGAGUCCAGCAGACCACGUGGGACACAGAGGAACUGUCCUCGGGACCGGUUCCGUGGCUGCAGGUCGUCGUUGCCUUUUUCAUUGGAGUUCUUCUCUCAGCAGCCCUUUGCUGUUUGGUCACUAGAUGCCGCAGAAAAAAACAGAAGAUCUCUUCAAAUCAGGAUGAGACUCAUGAGAUGGUGACCAGUGAAGAGGCCCCACUGAUAAACGGCGCCCGAGCCGUGGAAGACGAUCGGACCCACUACCAAGAGUCCGCCCAAGGAGAACGGGGAGCAGCCCCGGACGUCGAUGGCGAGCCCAAAGAUGUGCUGUACGCCAACAUCGAUUUCUCUCUGCUGAGCAGGAAGAGUCUCAGCGGGGCGGCGAGGAGCCGAGAAGCCACCGAGACGGAGUACGCCGAAAUCAAGAAGGUAGCCGAAGAGCAAAUGGACAACGGCGGCGGAGAGGGGGUGAAUGCGUCGGGGGGGUCGAUGGUCGGGGAGGACGGGGAGGACGAGGUCGCGGUGUACUCCAGCGUGAAGGAUGUCAUGUCUGAGAUCUGAGAUCUGUUGCAUUGUGGGUGAAGCGUCGUUGCGCCCAGCAGCUGUGAUGAAUGGACCUGAUGAACUGAUGGAGGGUCCUGUGAUCUUCAGAGGCCACAUUCCGCCCCCUGGUGAAGUGACCCCUGCGAAUCCACCCCUUUAACCGAGGGGGGGGGGGGGGGGGGCUGAGACUUGGACACAGUUUCCUUAUUCAAGCGUCGUUGAGUUCAAACGUGUCGACUUUUUCGUACUAGUCCCGGAUCAAGUUCACUCACGGCGACGUUGACUCUGCCAUCUCUCCACUAAAAGGACAACCCACCUCCAUCCUCUCUGCCUCUCAGAGCUCAAGUGUCCUUCUGUCAGACAUCAUUUCAUUCGGUUCUCUUAGUCUCCCUCUGCGUACGUUUUAAAUAAG